AGAGCAUGCGCCUCUCACUGAGCUCUUCGAGCGCGACAGACAUCAGAGUAGACUAGCACCAACGGGACCUCACAGCUUUGCCCCACAAUUCUACGGCCAACAGCUACAGGCCGACAUGUUUGGUAAUCGUCAGGUGUCGAAGCUGAACGAUGAGGGCAAAACCCAGGAGAAAGUCUUGUCCACCAACAUCUACGUUCUCAACCUCCCGCUCAAUGCUACCUCGGACAGCAUGGCGGAGCUCUUUGGCCACUGUGGCCUAGUGACGCACUGCGUCAUUCUCGCCAUCACUGACAGCCAGGCUCGUCGACGUGGCUUCAUCGAUAUGGGGGCUCCAUGGCAAGCACUUCGUGCGAUGGACACCUUCAAUGGCUACGUCUGGAAUGGAUAUCCGAUCGAAGUAUCUCAUGCGUUUGUGCAACGCAACGGAGGCCCUCUAGCAGACCACAAGUCGGAAGUCAUGAAGUGCAAUCUUUCGCGCAAUCGCUCCAGCGUCGGAUCCCGCCGAGCGCUCGAAGACAAUCGGUCGAUGUGGGGCUCAAAACAGUCUUGGGCAUCUUGGCACCCUGAACCUCUUCAGCUUCGUGGCACCUCUCCAAGUGCGCACGGGUAUCUUGGACGAGAUACGUCUGCCCUACCUUCGCCUCUUACACCGCUGUCCAGCCGUUCGAGUCUCUUUUCCGCAGAGAGCGGUGGACAAGACAGCAUCACCACCAACAAUUCGUUCAUGAUGCACAGCAACCCUUAUCUUGGAGCGACGCCGGCCUACUUGGAUGCGCACUACAAUGGCACUCCCAGUGACUUGACUUCGCUGACCCGCGACCCCAUCACCAUCCUGGUACGCGGUCUGGAUCCCUCGGCCAUCGUAGAUAACGAGGACUUUCGACGUGCGUUCGAGCCGUACGGUAGCGUCGGUACGUGCUCUCUCGCCAUUGAUGAGCAUCAGAUUCCCAGAGGCUAUGGGUUGGUGUCCUUCUGCGAUGCCGAAUCUGCUCGUCGGGCCUUCCAAGACAUCAAUGGCAAGGUGCGCAAUGGGAAGAUGCUCACGGCCGAGUACGUCGCCUACAGCUCACCACAGCCAAAGAGAAAGCCCACCCCGGUGCCUGCAAGCGCUUGGUCGCCGCCUUGGAUGAAAGCAGGGUCUGGCCAUCUCUGCUUCGGCCAGUCAGCGCCGAAUGAUCUGCAAGUCUACGACCAUCCGUUGAAAAUGCCAAGCCCGAGUGCUGUGAACAUCAAUAUGAGCGGACGUGGUCAAGUCCCUCAAGGCGUCCCCUUCCCAUACGGACCUCCGCACUUCAAACAGCCCCAUGGGCCUAGCCAAAAUCAUCAUGCAGCUUCUGCUUCACAACUUCAGGCUUCUUUGAAGCCCACCACGAAAUCAGACAGUCUCGACACCAAGGCGAAAAGUCCACCACCUGAGCUGGCUCUAUCACGCAUGACGUUGGAGCCGUGGACACCGUCCGGUCAAUCGACUCAGACUGGUGCCACAAGUCCUGGGAGUGCUCUGAGCUACGGAAGUACAGCCACGAGCGCUUCUAAUCUUCAGACGCCAGAGAACACUUUCAGUCGACGGAGCAUCACCAGCAAUCAGACUUGGCCCUCGCAAGCACACGACGUAGGAGCAGGCGUGUGGUCGCCGACCCCGGACGACAAACAUCUUCGCAUGUCGGGCUUCGACAGCUCGGCUCUACGUGCUCUGCAACAGGACAGUCCUCCUCACGUCCCGAGCAGGCGUCGCGCCACGCUGGACCCGGUUGGACACGAGCAUGCCACUGGCUCGCCGCCGCACACUCUUCCCGACGAAAAGUCUGUGCUCGGGAUCACCAAUUUGCAGCAGUCUUAAAAGACGUCGCACCCUGCCUGCGCCUUUCAUGGCCAUCGUCUGACGAUGGUGUUGCCGAACGCAUUGCUCUUCUCCUGUUCUCUUCUCCAUACAACACGCACCUUGCUAUGCGUCUACAUUCGCAACGCGGAUGGCGAGGUGUGCUACACUGCGGACACGCUCAAGUCGGAUGGCUCUUGUUCCUGAAUCCAAACAUUUUUUCUAUCCAGCGGCACAAUAUCAACCCAAUAGAAUCCAGACUUGACCCAGAGAAAGCU